CUGUCGCGCUGGUGCUGGCGCGGCAACACCCGCAGUUCCCGAUUCUCUCUCACCCUACCCUGUUCCCAGCGGCCUGAGCUCCUUCAGGCAGCGACACUGAGCGCUUCGCCAAGCGAAUCCUUGGAGAGAUUGUCUCUCCAAAAAGUCGAUCUUGCAGUUCGUGGAAAGGGAAAGACUGACUGGGCUCUUCACCAACUGAGCCCUUGCAGAGAACUGCCUUUGAAGAUCACUCGUGUCCUUUAUUGGAAGGCAAAAGUACUGUGACUGGUUCUGAGACCUUCACUGCAGCAAAGAUUCUCCCUCCCCAGACUUGGUCCAGGGAGGGGGAACACAGCUGAUGCAGAGUCUAGAGGUGAGCUGAGACACAGUCACUGGUAGGACUUAUCCACCCACAACAUCCUUCAGAAUGGAUUCUGGAUUCCAGAGGAGAGAGGUGCUAGCUCGUCCUCUAAGGCCGAGAGAGGCUGAGAAGCCUGAGCGUCUGACCAUUUUUGACUUCAGGAAGGUGGGUCUCAGGUUCAGGGAGAAGCCGGACAGCCCUCAGGAGGCAAAGUUGCCCAAGAUUGCCCUGCACCUAGGCACAAGUGAGAACUCCAAUUACAAGUUCUCAUCCCCUGACCGGAACAAGACCUUGCUUGAGCCUUGCCCAUCCGAGCUGGUGUUUCAGAACUAUGUCCUUGGCAAGGUCUGUGAAAUGCCCCUGCUUCUGAGGAAUAGAGACAAGGUUACUCGGCUGGUGAAGGUCACCAUGGACAGCUCACCUUAUUUCAAGUUGGUCGGCCCCAAUGGUGUGUGCCAUCAGAUACCACCGGGCUCAUUUUGUACUAUAAACAUCCUUUUCAUCCCUGAGGGGAGCAAGGAUCAUUUCCACCAGCUUGUCUGCAUCAGUGAAAGGGAAAAGGUCUCUGUGCCAAUCCAAGCCAUUGGUGCCCGCCCAGUCUUGGACUUCCCUGACCAGCUGGACUUCUCGUCGUGUCCAGUCAACCACAGCACCCAGAAGACUCUGCUGGUUCACAACACCGGGAACCUGGAAGCCUGUUACAGCCUCAGCACUGAGAGCCCUUUCACUGUCGGUCCAGCCACUGGAACCCUCGAUGUUGGUGAAGCCAUGCAAGUGACAGUGGAAUAUCACCCGCUGGAGACCGGGCAUCAUUCCACAUCCCUGGCAGUGCACUGCGACAGAGGUGAAGAUACCCACACCAGACUUCUUGGAAAAGCUAAGGACUUCAACAUUGGGCUGGACAAGUACUCUUUGGAACUUGACAAGACUUAUCUCACACUGUCAAGCCACAGAACCACAGCCAUCCACAACAGAAGUAACAUCACAGCCCGAUUCCAGUGGAAGGCUUUUGCUACUGAGGCAGAGGAGUAUCCACAGAAGAUCAGGCUGUGUCACAAUCUGUCUCGGCCGCCCCUCGAGCUGGUGAAGGCUCUUGUGAUGAAGCGCUAUGAGGAGCUUGACCUGUACGACCGCGAGUUGGAGAAGGAGACAGCAAAGAUUCAAGCAGACCCCAUGCUGUUCUCAGAUGAUGUUUUCACCAUCGAGCCCUUGGAGGGAGAGGUUGGGCCACAUUGUUCAGCUGAAAUCAAGGUGUUCUUUAAACCCCGAGAAGCCCAAGUCUAUAGAAAAGUGGCCUACUGUUCCAUCUCAGGCCGUGAGACCAGGCUGCCCCUGCACCUCACAGGGGAAGGCCUCGGGCCCUGCCUCCAACUCAACUCUGAGGAACUGGACAUGGGGAAAGUUUUGGUUGGAAAAGCCUACAGCUAUGAGGCAAUGUUGGUUAACAAAGGAGCUAUUGAUGCUCCCUUCAAGCUCAUCCCUCCAACCACAGCCCAUGGCUCCUGCUUCACCUUUCUGCCCCAGCAGGGCAUCAUUCCACCCAAUGGGCUCCAGCCCAUCCAGAUCUCCUUCAGUUCUAGCACCCUGGGGGAGUUCGAGGAAGAAUUCCAUUUCAACGUGAUGGAAUCCCCUAAGCCUGUGUCCUUGACUGUCAGGGGCCAUGUCACCGGACUGAGCCUGCAUUUCAGCACAGGUGGCCUCGACUUCAAUGACGUCUCCUUUGGCUUUCCUCAGACCUUGUCGUGCCACCUGAUCAACACCUCCGUGGUGCCCAUCACCUUCCACCUUCGCAUUCCUGAGGACGGCCAGGGACAGCCCAGCCUUAGGAGCUUUGAUCAAGCGAAAGACAACGCUCACCCAUCCUGGGAAAAAGGCACACUGACUCAAUGUCACGAGAAGCCAGUGGAAUUCACCAUAACACCCAGCACAGGGACCAUCCCUUCCCAGGGAUCCCGGGAGAUCAGGGUCACGCUGUGUUCCAAUGAUGUGGGACGAUACGACUGUGAUAUGGUGGUGGACGUGGAUGGUUUUGGCAAGGAGGUGUUGGCUCUGUGCCUCAAAGCCAGAUGUGUCGUUCCUGAGCUGCGUUUGCUCACCUCCACCCUCGACUGUGGACCGUGCUCUGCAAAGGUCCCUUGCCAGAAGACGCUGACCCUUGUGAACCCGAGCCCCCUUCCAGGAUGCUACAGAGUUCUCCCUCAGAGACACCAAGAGGCCGCUGCUCUGUGGUACUCCAGCCCCAAGCCGUGUGGGAUUAUCCAGGGUCACAAUGUGGUGGAGAUCCCCAUUACAGUUGAAGUCCAGGCGGUGGGUGCUCAUUCCAUCCCGGUGGAUAUUGCCGUGUUCGGGAAGGAGAGAUCCCCACUGCAAAUGCAUUUAAUGUGUACUGGAAAGACACCGCUUGUCUAUGCAAGUGUGAAUAAGAUAAACUUCGGCAAGAUCCAAGUGAUACAGGACACUUCCCAAACUCUCCAGCUGUGCAAUCUGGGUCUCAUCCCUGCAGCCUUCAGAGCAGAGAUCGGUGGCAAAUGCUGGAGUAUUGAACCCAGGGAAGGAGUGGUCCCUGCCAAGGCUGAGGUUCCUGUGGUUGUCACGGCAAACCUGGGUGACACAGGGAGAUUUGAGGACAGCAUGAAGCUGUUCAUUGAGAAAAGCCUUACCAGUGUCAUCCCCAUCCAGGCUGUGGGCAUUGGCACCACAAUUGCCAUUGACAAACCGUUUGCUCCGGAGCUGAAUUUGGAACCCCAGUUCAACCUCGUUCCCUGCAUUUUCCGGUUCAACGUGACAAACAAGGGGCAGCAGUUCCAGCGGCUGUACUGGGGCAUAGAAGGUUUCAGCACCUUUCGACAGCGUCAUCCUCUCCCUGCCCUCAGUGUCACCAAGGGCAGAAAUGCUUCCCAGAGAUCCACCCCUCCCGUAUUUAAGCUGCGGCCACAGGGGAUGUAUCUGCAGCCAGGCGAGACUAUGGAGCUGGUGCUGGAAGGCUUCUCCAGCACUGUCCAGGAAGUGGAGGAGAAGCUGGUGUGUGAGGCAGCCGUGGGACCAGAGAUAACAAAGAAAGAGAUAAUCAAGACAAAGGUCACCUGCAAGUUCAUUUCUCCCACGGUGCAAAUAUCAUCCAGAACAAUCACUUUCUGUGUGGAGAAGCCUCACCUGCUUCUAAGGAGCCACCCACAUCCUCCAACUGCAGUGAUUAUGACACCGAGGCAAAGCAGGUGCCCUUUAGUCUCUGGAUCCCAACUUCUGCAUUAUCAUUCCCACAAGUUGCUGGACUUGGAGCAGCCGUUCCUAAUCUGUGCUGCAGACCAGCAGCCCCUCCCUGCAGAGGCCCAGCCUGUGAAGAUGGAGGCAGGGCAGGAACUUCAUCUCUCCAUCAGCUUUAACCCAGCUUAUGAAAAGGAUCCGAUCAGCUGGGUAGCAGAGAAGACUAUGAAGAUCCAGCUUGGGGAACAUCCUCAUGAGGAAGAGAUCACCGUUCGGGGAGAGGUCUACUUCCCGAAUCUCCGUAUCCCGACCAAAGCACUGGACUUUGGUUGCAUCGUGAGUGGCACAGAACAAGUGCGUUACCUGGAGAUGACCAACUACAGCCCAAUUCCUGCCCACUACCACUGGUCAUUCCAGAUGGACAGCAAGGAGUACCCGACAGGGUUCAUACCUUCCCCACCUACAUUCAAACCCCAACCACAAAUGGUCACGUUCAGCUGUGUUGAGUGUGGGCGUUAUUCAAGGAGGUACUUCAGGCCUGGAAGUGUGCAGGAACCAGCCAAAGCCCCGGAAGCAGUGCAGGACUCUUCUCAACAAUCAUCACCUUCAGCAAACUGCCUGGAAACAGAACAGGAUUCUUCCCAACAGACAUCACAUUUAGAGAACUGCAUGGAAACAGAACAGGAUUCUUUCGAAGAGUCAUCAGAUUCAGAGGACUCCCUGGAAACAGAGCAGGAUUCUUCCAAAGAGUCAUCAGAUUCAGAGGACUCACUGGAAACAGAGGACAAUUCUCCUGAACAGUCAUCAGAUCCAGAGAACUCCCUGGAAACAAAGCAGAACUCUUCCCAAAAGUCAUCACAUUCAGAGGACUCCCCAGAAGCAAAGGUGCCACCAUACACUGCUGCAGGGCCUUGGAGCUCAGUAGAGACGAAGAGGUCUGGGCAGUCGGCAGAGGUAAAGCCCCCUGGCUUCAGAGCGGAGGAGGUUUUUGACAUCCAGCCGGUGUCCGGUGUGCUGCAGCCGGGCAAGAGCCAGCAGGUGCCCUUCACCUUCUUUGGCCAUGCCAACAUCAUCGCCCGUGUCACGGUGCUGUGCCAGGUGGAGGGAGGCCCAACCUAUGAGGUGGAGCUGAGGGGGGAGACUUCAGUCCUCACCUACCACCUGAGCGUCGAGGAGAUUGACUGCGGGCUGCAGCUCUUUAAUGAAGUCACCAAAGCAGAGGUCACCCUGCAGAACAACGGGAAGAUGGGAUUCACCUACAUGGUACAGAGCCCCAGCACUGGCACUGCAGACAAGCCUCUGCCUGGUGUGCUCGUGGUCCUGCCCAGCACAGCUUCCAUUGAACCUGGCAAGGAGCAGGUGCUGAAGCUCUAUUACCUGCCAGGAAUGCCAGGAGUCUUCUGCAGGACUUUCCAGGUUCAAGUGGGUCACCUGAAACCGGUAGAAAUCUCCCUGAAAGGAGAGGCGGUCUUUGCCGGGAUCUGUCUGGACCUGCCCUGGAGCAUCAACGGAAGUGAAAAAUACGAGAGACUAUUGAAACAGGCAAAAGAAAAGCUGAAAAAAGACAAACAGGACAAGAAAGCAAGUGUUUGGAGGAAGGCUCGAAUCAGGAAGCGACACGCGAAGGGCCCUGGCAUUGUGGCAAACACUUGGCUGAGGAUGGAGAUGGAGCAGAUGCUGAUAAAGGAGGAUGCUCUGGAGCUGCAGCCAGUCCUCAUCUCCCGCCCCCCAGAGGACACUAUCUUUGACAAGCACAUUCCUCAGAAGCUCGUCCAAGUUGAGCUGCCCGAGUACAUCCUGGACAUGGGCACUGUCGUUCAGGGUUACAGUAAAAGCUGCACUGUGAAGAUCACCAACACCUGGAGGUUCCCAGUGACCAUCCGGGCCGAUGAACGUGCCCUGCGUGACACAGGUUUCAGCGUAUACCUGGAGCCCGUGGAGUUCCUGAUCUACGGAGCCACCAAACUGUUUCAAGUGAGCUUUGCAAGUGCCAACCUGCCCGUGGGAAAGGUGGAUGUGCUCCUGCCCAUCAAGGUAAAGAAAGGCCCCACGCUGCACAUCCGCCUCUGUGCCACUGUGAUUCAGCUGCUGCUCAGCCUCUCCAGGAACAGAAUCCAGUUCCCUGAUGUCCAGGUUGGGCAGUGCUGGCACGAAACAGUCCGGCUUUACAACCGGUUCAGCGUGCCCUGUGAAUGGUUCCUCACUGUCAACAAACCUGCCAAGAAGGUGGACAAACAUUUGACACCGGCCGUGCGUCAGAAGGAGCUCCAGGCUGCGAAGGAUGAUUCCCGUGUCUUUCAGUGGAAGGCCCGGGAGGGAACCCUCUAUGGUAGAGAGUGGUAUGACCUGCAGAUCCAGUUUUCACCCCUGGAAGAGAAGUCCUACAAAACCGAGCUGAAGAUCAACGUUCGUGGGAACAGCCAGCUCCUCGUGCUGCACAUCUCAGGACAGGGUCUGGAUCCACAGCUGGAGUUCAGCCCCAUAGAGAUCAAGCUGGGAGCGGUGCUGCCGUGCAGCCCUGAGCUGGAGACGACAGUGGUGGUGAAGAACCCCUGCGAGUUCCCCAUUGAAUUUUACUCCCUGGAGUUUGACGAGGAGUACCGUGAGGAGGAGAAGAUCCUGCGGACCCUGGAGGAGUUUGAAGACCAGACGGCCGUGGUGAUGCCUCCACGUGCUGUGGGUGAGAAGCUGCCCCCAGAGGUGCUGGAAUAUUAUGAAAAAUGGAAGAAGAUGGAGGCUUCAGGUCAAGAGAUUAUGUCCAAGCUCAAGGAAGAAUCAGGCCAGGACAAUGCAGCGCUUCAAGAGAGCAUCAGGUUGUUGAAGAACAUGGUGGAUGACUGUGACAGGCCCAUCUAUCAGGCCAUCAGGCGCUACCUCAACACCAAUCUCAUUGUAGAAGAGCUCAAAGCCCAAAUGCCCAGAGGGAUUGCCAUCAUCGUCUAUGGGACCCCCCAGACAGGAAAGACAAGGGUAGCGGCCGCCCUGUCCAAGUAUUACAGUGCCGCCUGCUUGUCCCUGGACGAGGUGGUGACAAAAGCCAUGUCGGACGAGCGCAGCUCGGCGGGGCGCCGUGCCUGGGAGCUGUGCGUCGAGGCUGCCCAUCAGCGAAGAGCCAUGAGGGAACAGAUGCCAGGUAAAAAGGGUGCUCAGGCCAAGAAAACUGAGCCCAGCCCUGCGGACAAAGCCAACCAGAAGACUUUCAGUGCUGGACCCCAGAGUGCUUCAGCAACCAAGGAUAAGGCAUCCGACAAACCCCAGGCAAGAUUUUCAGUGACCUCCAAGGGUCAAAGAGUGAAGGGCAGAGCCAGCUGGGAUUACAGUGAGCGCAGGUUUCUGGUGGUGACUCUUGGGGGUGUUUUCUCUUUGGCUUGCAGAAGGGAGCUGGAGCGGCUGGCUCGAGAGUGUGAGGAAAGCAAAAAGAUGUCACGAGACUCAAAGAAGCAAGAUAAGCUGCAGAAGAAGAAGAAGAAUGGCUGCCCGGUGAAGUUUAAGCUACCCGCAAAAGAACAGCAGCAGGAAACCAAAAGCCCAGAGGUCCGGAUGAAGAGCAAAACAACAGCAGCAAAACAACAGCAGCAAGAAACCAAAAUCCCAGAGGUCCCGAGUAAACAUGAGAGGAUCUUGGACCUGAGGUUUAACAUCUAUGAGUCUUCACAGAAGAGGAUCAGACAUAUUCUGUCAUCCUGGGACAGGGCUCAGGGUAUCAUGAACCAAGUGCCAGACAAGUCCCAGUCUUCUCCUAAACACAAAGACGAGAAGAAGAGCAGUAGGUCUCCGGAGAAAACAGAGAAGCCUCUAGAAAAACAUGGCAGCCACAAGAGUCUUCAGUGGGACGGGGAAGUUGCAGAAGGCUCAGUCAGAAGCCAGGAUGCCGGAGUGCCCUGCUUGGACUUCCACAUCACGCGUCGUGAAAAGAUGUUUAGGAGGAUCCUGAAGAGCAAGAAGCUGCCACCACCAAAGCAGAUCCUGCACUCUCUGGGACUGGGACCUCCCAUUCCCCCUGGCUCUCUUUUCUCCGUGGUCCCCUACCCAGAGGAGGACAGAGUCUCCACAGCAGCACAAGACCUCAGAUACUUCAUCCUUGUUGAACCUGAGGGUGCUGCUGCAGAAGAUGAUGUGGCCCCAGAGGCAGAGGCACAGGACCACUUGAAGGAGGGGAAAGCCACAAGCAGACACAACGAAAAGUUAACCAUCCUCAACGACUCCCCCAUGGAGGCAGAGGUGCAUUUCUCCUUUGAGAACGACAGCAAAGGAGAGACAUUCCUUUUGGAUCCUCCCAGCAUGAGGCUGCAACCCAAAGAGAAGAAGAAGCUGAGUAUUUGGGCGUACCCGACUUCUGCUGGCCUCCUGGAAGACAGUCUCGUCUGCUGCAUCAGGGACAACCCAGAGCCAGUAGUCUUCCAACUGUGCUGCCAAGGGGUGCACGUGAAGCUGGGGGUCAGCCCCCAGGAGCUGCGUUUCAACAAGCUGCUUCUGCACAGGACUCACACCCAGACCCUGGUCCUGAAAAACGACAGCCCACUGCCCAUGGCAUGGCAUCUCAGUGGGCUGCAUGACCUUGGCGAUGACUUCUCUGUAUCACAAGGUAGGGGCAUCGUUGGCCCCCGCACAGACUUUGAGGUGAAGCUGAAUUUCAAGGCCGAGAAGAUUGGCAUCACGAAUAAGAUGAUCCGACUGGAGGUUUCAGAUACGGAAAACAUCCUGGGCAUUGUUCACGCUGAAACUAUCAAAGUCUCUGUGGAGGUCUACGAUGUUAAUCUGAGCAUCAACAUGCCUGAAGGUCCAGAUGGCAGCUUGGAAUUUGGAACCAUUAAUGUCCUGGAUAAUAAGAAGCAAGUCCUGAGUCUGCAGAACAAAGGCUUAUAUGACAUUGAGUACAGUUUCAAGCUGACCACUGGAAGUGCCAAGAGGGGCGACUUGGAAUCUCACUUCACUGUCCGGCCGCAGAGGGCUGUGCUGAAAGCCUCCCGGUCACCUAUGAAAGUUGAGGUCCUCUUCCACCCCACGACUGAAGUGUUUCUCAAGAGCAAACCCAUCCUGCUCUGCCAGGUCACUGAUCCCAAAUUAGAUCAAGGAGGCAAGACCGUUGCCACCAUCCCAGUGAGGGUGUCGGCGAGAGCCGUGUACAGCAAGUACAGCAUCGAGCCUGCCUCGCCCAUCGACUUCGGUGCCAUGAUUAAGGGCACCAAGAAGACCCAGGUCUUAAUUGUGGAGAACAAAGGCACCCUCAACUUCAAAUUCCUCAUCCACCAAGCACCUCCACUGCCAAGUUCACAGCAAGAGGAAUCUGNAACUCUGCUUCAGAAGUUAAAAAUCUGGGGGAGGACAAAUCAAUACAUCAUCCAUAUAAUGGAAGAUGAUUGA